AUGGUGUGCUUGACAAAAGAUGAGGAAUUCACACCAUGGCGCUAUGCGCCCGGCCGCUUGAGCGAGAUUGCAAUCGAGCACCAUUUUGGACAUUUGCGGCAGCAGUUCUCCAACUCACAACUGACAACCCGAGGCUUCUUCCAGGCUGACGCCCGGCAAGCCAUGAAGGCGAACAAGGCUUUGAACAAGUGCAAGCUGGGUUCAAGAAAAUCAGAACCGGCGCUGACAGAAGCAGAGUUCCAAAAGUGCUGUGAGAAUGCUCUUCAGGGAGCUUUGCAGCUUGUCUCCUUUUGCAGCGGCGUCAAAGAGUCCUUUUUGGAAAAUGACUACCGAGCAUGGUGUGAUGGUCAUGCAGGUUUUAAGGCAAAAAUGCCAGAAGAGGAGGAGGAUGAUGACCAAUGCGAUGAGUUGGGCGAAGAGGGGCAGCUGCCUGCCUCACACAAGCCCAUGGAUUGCAUGGAUGUUUUGGCAAACUUGCAAGGGGAGACAACUUUCAUGCGCAAAGCCCUUGACGCAGACGAGGGCCAGCCAAGCACAGAGCCAAGCACAGAGGCGAAGGCGUCUGAAGAGGUAGACUCCUACUUGGCUUUGCUUCCAGAUUCCGACAUGCUGAAGCAUUUGAUGGAGCUUGCAAGCAUUGCAGAGCCUUUUGCCACCGAGACCUUUUCUUCUCCAAGUGGAAAUGCAAAGGGCAAAGACCGUCUUCCAGCAACACUACUGGAAGCUUUCAAUUUGCCAGGAGAUCGUUGGAACGGCCUGUUCAGGUUUGCAGUGAAGUUGAGGUACAAUGAGCGAAUGAUUGCUCAGAUCAAUGCGGAGGUUGAGGAUCCGCAGCCUGGCAACGUCGUGCUGUUCCAUCAGCCCGGCGGCAUGGGCACCGUGGACAUCGGGGUGGUGAUGAGUGUUUGGAAGGGAGUGAAAUCUCCCAAGAUGUUUUCGGGCGAGACACCUGUGAGCAGUUGCUCAGCUUUUCGGGUGGUGGUGCUGGACAAGCUUGGCACCGAGUCGAACAAGACCUGGUUCUGCACGGGACGCAGUGUUGCCUGGGUGGUCAGGAUUGAAGCUUUGGUUUCCAUCCUUGAUUGUGAGAGCUGUUUCCGGGCUUCAAGGGUCAGGGUCCAAUCAUUUUGCAAAGACUUGUUGCCAAACCUCUCAUUUUGUAUUUAA